AUGGCGCCCCGAACCGAGGCGUUUAAGAGGUUGCAGCAACGUCUCAGAAGAUCAUUGAAGUAUGGAGAUUUGAGAAUCGACUGUCUAACUGCGCCUUUAUCCCGUAGGUUAAAGUCCACACAUUAUUUUUGAUUUUUCUGAUCCAUAAAUUCACAAAAAUAUUUAGAAAUGGUUGUGGAGUAUUUUGAUCACCAUUCGCCUUAUGAUUAUCUGGAUACGGACUUUGCUGCUUCCUCAGUGUAGGUGUUUCUUGCUUUACUUGACUCUGUUUAGUGGGGGUUUUGUCGAUCCUUGCACUCUGAUUGCCGCCAUGAUCUACCUCGAAAGGUUGAGGGUCAGAAAGCCUAAGGACUUCUUGUCGCGGAACCCCAACGAACUCUAUCUGGCAUCUCUGAUCAUUGCAAAUAAGUUCUUGUUUGAUGGAAAUACUUAUGAUUAUCUGUGGUUGGAUGAUUGGGUUGAAGAGUCCAAAAUAACCAAGUCUAUGAUCAACCAACUGGAACUUCGUAUGUUAUACGAUCUGGUAGGUCAUGUUAAGUCAUUGAUUAUUCUGUAGGAAUGGGAUCUAAUGAUAUCUGGAGAUGAAUAUGAGCAUGCCCUUCAAUCCAUUGAACGUUAUGUGGCAACUAGAUCUCUCAAACAGUCAGGCAUCUUGUCUUAUGGAGAUGCCCAUGCCUUGAUGUCCGACGCCAAGCCCUUGUUUAAACACAUGUCUCGUUUCCUGACUAUGUGUGCUUCCCUAGCGUCAGCUUAUCUUCUUGUAUGGACUCUCUCGGUUGGCACUUACCUCACAGCUCAGAAGGCGGUAACCGAGAUGUCAACUAUGAAUGAUUUUGUCCUUGUAAAUGACACCUUCCCAUGCUCCCUCAACUCUGAGAAUGCCCUUUGUGAUUCCGGUCGAGAAGAGGUGGACUCCGAGUUGCCCGAAGCGAUGGUUUCCCAACGUUCUAUGAAUCUUCUUAAUCUGGAUGUCAUCGAGCAUAUCCCUCGUAACAGAACAUUGCCUGUGUAUGAUGGAUCCUGUGUUGCUCAUCGUAGUGUAUUCUCGAAAAAUGUUCGCAUGAGACUUAUCUGUUAA